CCAGAUGUCUCUCCACGAGCACGCAUAAGUGGUGGAGAGCUCACUACCCUACCCAGCAUACGAGUACGACAUUUCUGCUCGACAUGCGAACAUUCAACUGAUGAAAUUAGUGGAAUGGACUAUUCGUAUUUGCCAAAUUUCUGGACCAAGAUCCACCAUCGGUUAUGAGAGGCUCCGCACCAGAAACGUCGUCCCGUUAUUGCCGGAAAGUGGACUUUUUCACAUCGGCAAACCAAAUUGGCUGGAAAUGCGGUCGCUCGGGGCCGAGAGGCUGUAAUUGACUUCAGUUUCGAGAGGACUUGGCCCACGAAGUGAAGCGACGCUUUGCUUCGAAACGGAUUCACUCCUCAUUCCAUUCCAGACAUCAACCUAUGAGGUACGGAGUACAUAUGUACAGAUGGACAAGGAUGUCUGUGGGAUUUUUAGGACUCCAAGUAUUCCUCAGCCUACAUGGGUAUUGCGACCUUUUGAGCAGAUGUGCGACGUCCAUGUCGAUCAAUCAUUAGGCGCGACCUGCCUACAUAUGUAUGAAAAGAGCAAAAAAAGAGAAAGAAAAAAGGAAAAGAGGCUCCACAAUCCUCCAGCAAAAAUCAAGAACACUGACUGGCCUGUACUCCAUUGCACUGCAUGCUGGUCGGUCGGUCGGAUGAGGGAACUAAGUAUCUAUCUGUUCGGGAGGUGCACCGUUUUGUGCAUCAUACCCCUGGACACCGACCGGCAGACCCGAACGCACUAUCUAUCACGCACAUACACAUACAGUAUACUGUACAGAUAGGAUCAAGUCUAAUGAGGCUAAGGCAGUCAGCAAAACUGGGCGACUGGGCGACUGGCCCCUCUCCCAAAUGCUUGCAGCUUGUCAAUGUCAACCGCGGCGGCGCGGGCCUCGGUCCUUGUUUUAUGUAGGAAUCUACAGUACUUAUAAGAUCCAGGAUGAGAC